AUGCUAAUUGACAAUGAUACAUCAGGGGCCACUGGAGCUCAAUAUGCUAUAGCAAUAUCUGUUCCAUUAAUGUCUGAUUACUUCCAGGUAUUUGCACUGGUCGCCCUUGUAGUGGUUGCCAUGGCCCGUCCAGAUAGCCCGCCUACGUAUGGCUACUCGCCAAGUAAGACUUCAACUACGCUGUCAAUAAUCCACCACCUGGCAACGACUUCGGACAUGAAAAAGCCCGUGAUGGCGACCACACAAGGAUCCUACUACGUCCUUUAUCCAGACGGUCGUCUACAGAGUGUCACCUACAAUUUGAACGGCGACUCCGGUUACGUGGCUGAUGGCACCUACGAGGGAGAGGCUCAGUAUCCCAUACCCAGCCUUCCUACAAGCCUCCCACUUCCUCCUAUGCAUAAGAAACAUAAGAUAGUAGUUAGUGAUAACGGAAAUAUAUUGCAGGUAUUUGCAUUGGCCGCCCUUGUGGUCGUCGCUAUCGCCCGUCCAGAUAGCCCGCCUACAUAUGGCUACUCUGCUCCCACACCCUCUUAUGCACCCGCCAAGUACGACUUCAACUACGCCGUCAACGACCAACCAUCUGGUAACGACUUCGGGCAUGAAGAAGCCCGUGAUGGUGACCACACACAAGGAUCCUACUACGUCCUUCUUCCCGAUGGUCGUCUGCAGAGGGUCACCUACAAUGUGAACGGAGAUUCCGGUUACGUGGCUGAUGUCACCUAUGAGGGACAAGCUCAGUACCCCACACCAAAAGCCUCCUAUGGUCCUCCUCAGCCUUCCUACAAGCCUCCCACCCCCUCCUAUUCUUAA